AUGCUCAACAGCGAGAACGACCUGGCCGAGCUGCUGGCGAGCGAUGACGGUCCGUUCUUGAUCAAGGUGUCCGUAAUGACAGAUCAGCAGCGAGUGCCGCCACCAUCGCCGCCGCCGCCACCACAGCCAACGCACGCACCGGACCCACGAAUCCCCCCGGCCCGGGGACGUAGAGCCAGCCCCGCGUCGGUUCAUCCGGAAGAUAUUUUCCAGCAGCAGCCUCUCGGCGCCGAGCGGCCGGUUCUGGUCGAGCACCGGGUGCCGCUCCAGCAGCAGCUGCAGGGGUACCGGGAUCACCAGCACAAGCAGAAGCAUCACCCGGAGCACCGGUGCGCGAAGGUGACGGGGCCGCCGUACGCUCCGGGUUGGGGCGGUGACGGGGCCGCGCCGCCCGUCGAUGCUGCUGCCGUGAUGAGCGUUGCCCGUCAGUACUUGGACCAGGAGCAGCGUCAGCAGGCACUAAGGAGGAGGAGGAGGUCUUCCUCCGCCAGUGAAGCUCGUGAAUCGAGCGCGGGAAUCCUCCCGACAUGCUCGGCACGGUCGAGCUCAUGUCCCGCUGGAACAGCAGAAGACGGGGCGAAAGUGCUCGAAAGGCUAGCGACUACGUCCUCGUGCAACUCCUUCUUCCCUCGCGGCGGCAGCGGCGGCGGCGACUUCGUCACUUCUGCUGCUCCUCACAGGGGGUCCGGCGGCGGAGAGGGGUGGAGGGGUGCGUUUGGGGUCGGCCCCAAGGUGCCGGAAGUGACUCGUGGGCUUGGGCACGAGGGACCGAACCCGUGGCGACGAGGCGAGGACGUGGACCCCGUGAGGUGGCUCAGAGGUGAUAUCAUCGGCGCUGGGGCGUUCGGCACCGUGCACCUGGGCCUGAAUCUCGACACGGGCGAACUGAUGGCUGUCAAGAGCAUUUCGUUGGACCGGGGGGACAUGACCUCUAGAGACGCAAAGGCCUUCGAGAACGAGAUCGCCAUGCUUCGGGACAACCGACACGAAAACAUCGUCAAGUCGUACGGGAGUAGCAUCAAGGGCAACACAAUGUUUAUUUUUUUGGAGUACAUGCCGGGGGGCUCUGUGCGGGGCCUCCUGGAUCGAUUCGGGGGCUUCGAGGAACAUGUUUCCCUCUUGUACACCGAGCAGCUAAUGCAGGGGCUGAGCUUCCUGCACAAGAACGGAGUGGCCCACCGUGAUAUUAAAUGCGCCAACUGCCUCGUGAACCAGGGGGGUGCCAUCAAGCUUGCUGACUUCGGCAUGUCCAAGCGCAUCGUGGGGUUGUCGGGCACCAGCGGCACCUCAGGGGUGCAGAGCGUCAAGGGGACGCCGUUUUGGAUGGCCCCAGAAGUGUUGCAGGUGCAGGACUUAAAAGACGGAUGGAUUAAGGCCGACGUUUGGUCCCUUGGGGCCACCGUCCUAGAAAUGCUCACCGGGAGCCCGCCGUGGGACAACAUCGGCCCCCUCGCUGCCAUGUUCAAGAUCAGCUGCACCCGUGAACUGCUCCGGCACGCUGCGGUGGCAGAGGUGUUGACCACCCGCUCCUUGCCAGCGUUCCGUCCCGCCCCGCACAAGCGGACCACGGUGGUCCCCUCCACCGCACGCGAGUACGCCGUUCCUUCCUUGCAACUGUCGCGCCCCGACCAUAGCACCACCAACACCGCCAACAGCAACAACACCAGAGGCAGCGGCAGCAACAACAGAGGCAACGGCAACGACAAAUAUGGCCACGGCAACAACACCGCCAACCCCCCGAUCGGAAGGUUUACCUUGAGCGUCGACAGCACCGACGGCAUGAACAACAACAGCCGUGUCGAACUCCAAGACGACUACGAAGGCAUAAUCCCCACGCCGGCCGCCGCCGCCGCCGGUCUAAACGGUGAUACCGCAAGCGGAAACAACGGCCGCGACGGUGGUCGCAGCGUCGCCAGCAACGAACGCGGUCGUGGGCACAGCGAUGCCAGCACAAGGAGCAGCGACUGCGGAGGCAGCUACUACCGCCCGCACCAGUACCCGAUACCCCAGCAAGCCGCUACUCCCAUGGAUCUGCUCACCUCCCAGCCACCGCCGAGAACCAAGUGGAGCUCGGGAGGCGGUGUCCGGCCGCGGACCGGGGGUGCGGCGGGGUGGCCAUCUACCGCCGCAAGCGCCAAGGCCGGCCCCACGCCCACGCGAAAUGGUAGCAGCAAUGCCGGCGGCGGAGUCGUGACCGCUUGUUCAGGUCCUUGCCAGGACGACCCGCUCUCAGAACGUUCUUCGCCGAACCCCCUGGCCGUGCACCGGCAGCACCGAAAUCACUGUGGCGGCGAAACGGUCCUCGACGGGGUGUCCGUGAACGCCUGGCAGAAAGCACAGGGCGGGGCGGGCCGAACGGGGAGCCCCGACAGCUACACGACCGGCAGCGAAACAGAGUGGGGCUCCGCGCGAAUGAACGACAGCGUAAUGGACGACGCAAGCAAGGCUGGCUCAUUCGGCAGUGCUGACAACAAUAGCAGCCCCGCUUGCACGAUGCUGCGGGCCUGUGCGGGUGCUGCCACCACCGAACCGGCACCAUCGACAGCCUGUGUCUCUUCACGGAAUCCUGGCAGCGGUGGUGGUGGUGGCUGCGAAGCUGGUGACCGCGGAGACGAAACCGAUCGCCGGGAUGAACCCGCUCCAGAGCGACAAGAAGACCGCGGCGGAAGCAACGGUCCUACGGGGGGGACGGCAGCUGUGGUGACAUCGAAGGAGGAGGUGUGGGGGAGGAACCAAGCGGAGUCUUUGUUGUGGCGGCCUCCGCCGUUGGUGUCCGGCCACGGCGAAUGGGGUUGGCACAACGGGAUUCCACUUCGCGGGGGGAGGCUUUCGCCGAGUCAGAGGACGCCUCCUGUCGAGGGAGACGCAAUCGUGGCAGAGGAUUCUCCGAGCUCUUCCGCAUCAGGCGGCGGGGGCAGCGGCGCGAGGAGCAGCCGCGAUUGGCUCAUCAUGAAAUCGAGGCGGACAAAGAGCGACACUGCGCCGUCUUCGCAUCGACCAGAGUCCGCGGAUACGACCGGCUCAACUCUACGCGGACAGAGAUCCUCCGAAGCGCCCCCUCGACGCCUGCAAGACAGCGACCCAAGCCCCGCUCUCGAGAACCACAGCGUCAACAGCAAACGCAACCACGUCAUGGUGGAAAGAGCUGAAACUGUUCUCCCCGCGGAUACCGGCACCCGAUUUUCGGCUGCUGCUGCUGCUGCUGCUGCUGCUGCUGCUGCUGCUGCUGCUGCUGCUGCUACGGCUUCUGCCGCCCCCGCCUACACCGUUGCCGCCACUGCCACCGGAUUUCCCGGAGAUAUGCCCGACAGACUAAGCGGCGGGCGCACAAGGCAGACCUCGUGCCCUUCGUUAGCUCCCAGGUCGGAGUCGGGAGCUUCUUCCAGCAGGAGCAAGAGCGCGAUCGCUGCGAGGGCUUCAGAGUGGAAGAGGCGGAUUCAGGAAAGGGGCCUUGGGGUCAAAGCCGAGGAGAUCGACACUUUCCGGCAUAACUCCAACCUCUCUCUGGGCGUUGGUUCGGUGACCUCCACGCGCAUUGCGGCGGUGAGCGACUUCCGUUCUUCGACGCAAGGGCCAGCGAGCUCCGCGGAGGAACAGGAGGAACGGCAACAGCAACGGCGGCGAUGGCAGCAGCAACAAUCCGUGUACAUUGGGUCGUCGAGAGCCAUGGCGUCGCCUCCUGACUUGCGGCCGCCGCCAGUCGCGCCAGCCUCGGCGCCGGACAGAGGGCGAAAGGCUUGGGGAGGAGGAUGCAGCAGUAAAGACACCGUAAGAGUCGCCUCUGAGCCCGAAUAUGCCGACGGCGGAUGUGCCACGCAGCAAAACCUCAUAAAAUGGAACAGAUACAGAAACCACCAACAUCACGAAAAUCGCCACCAACGCGAGCAUCAAGAGCAGAAUCAGCAGCACCGUGAUCGAAAGGCCGAGAUGUCCGGCCUCGGAAGUAGACACCCGCCGAACAUGGACCUUGGUGGCGUUGGCGGCACCUUACAGAGCGUGGAAUCCGGCAGUGACGGCAGCCUAACCUCGCCUAUAAUGUCCUUCUCGAGCAAUGCUAGCACUCAUCAUGGCGGGGUUAACGUUACCAGCGGCAGCGGUGGCAGUGGCGGCGGUGAGGAUGACAGCAGCGGCGGCAGCGGCAACGGCGACGGCAACAGUGGCAGCAGCAGCAGCGGCCAGGGUAUCAGGAGCAAUCCGGGCAGCGGCAGCGGUAGCGGCAGCUUUGGUGACGGUUUGAGGAGCCGUGACUGCACCGGUGGCAGUAUCGGCCGCAUGGCUGGCGUUGGGUGGGACACAAACGUCGGGAGGGACAUCGCCACCGGCACGGCGAGGCCGCAGUUCCCGGCUACAGGGGGGCCAGAGGGCACAGGCGACGACGCACACGGAAAGGAAGACUCGGUGUUGCUCGGUCCGACACUCAGCCUUGGGUCCGAGUCGUCGUCGGGGUUGUUUGCGUUCUCACGCGUGGCAGGGGAGAAGGAAGCGGAGAGGGCGUGCAGGUAGAAACGGCAGCAGCAUCGAGGUUUACGCACCCUCUAGGUGGGUCUUGAGCCUUUUUCCGGCCAUCCCGAUCCAUCACCAUUCCCUCGCUCGCAUUGCGCUCACAUCCCUUUCGGCCUUAGCCGUCUCUCUCGAAGAUCUCCGAUCGGGGACGCACACAGAGCUGCAACUGUUUCCUCUGGAGUGCUUUCGAGUUUGCGAUUUUUUCGCACAAGAGCUUCAGCCGUCUCUCCGAUGGGGUGUACACGCCACGGCCUGAGAAACCCAUUCGACAGCGGUUGCGCGGUGUGCGUGUCAUGCGGAGCAUAGGGCACCCAAAGCAAGAGUUCGCUUGUUCAGCAGACCCGAGACUACAUGCUGGGUCGGAAAAACACCAGUAUCUUAGGGGCGAGGGGAGUAGUGCAGAUCUCCUCUUCAACGGCCAAGGAAACACCUGCCUAGUUUGAUGUACCAAAGUCAAACUUCAUGCGAAUCAGCCAUCGCAAAAAACCCAGAAAAUUCGUUCCGGGAGCAAUAUUAAGGUGUGUAGGGAGUAUGCCCUAGUGAUGUACCAGUACUACCGUAGUACUUCGUAGUUCAGAUUUGCGGUCCGUGUUUUACUAGGCCAGAAUUGUUGAAUUAGUCUAAUCUAUCGACUUCAGUAGUUCGGUCAGACUUUUAAGCUCACCGAACUCUACGAAAUGGACUCGUUUCGAAAUCCCGGACCGCAUUAUAUCCUUGUUCCAUCGCGCACGAGCCGAAAACCGCUGAUGCAUU